CGGAGGAAGUCACUUUGAGGAGUCCGGAUGUGGACGUGGCACAGCGCUGCAGCAGUUCCGCUGAAUGUCCGCUUCUGAUACCGAGAAGGGAUUAGUGAGCAACACCCCGGUACGACAUCGGCGUCUCAGUUUGUCGACCACCGGGCUUCAGAGUUUGCAUCAAAUCUAGGACAGCCUUACUAUUUACAUCACUUUGGAGAUUUAGGGAUGAACUGAGGAUGAAUGUAAACCAGCACACGCCAAUGGCCUCUCCAUAUGGCCAGCCCCAGCCUAGUUUUGGCCAGCCUGGUUACGCUCCCCUGGAUGGGAGCUAUCCAGCACCCUACGCACCCUACAAUGGCCCUGCGUCAGCCUAUCAGCCUGGGGCUCCACCGCAAGGUUACUCUCCUUUCACAAGCUUUCCCUCUAAGGCUUUGGCAGCCAACCCAGUCUCUGACCUCCCCUCUCCUCUUGACUUAGGUCCUGUCAGGGGUCCUCCUACCUCUGGACCCCCGCCUGUCUCAGCACCUCAGCAGUACAAUCAGUACAGUCAGAGUCAAGGGAGCAUGCAGAAUGGACCCCCACCUCCUACACAGGCACCACCCAGACCUGCUGUCUCUCAGCCGUACAACCAGGGUGCUAUGAACCUAUCGGGGCCGCACCCUUCUUAUCCCCAACACUAUGGACCCCCAUCCACAAUGCAGCAGGUUACCAACCAGAUGACGGGGAUGCAGAUCACCUCUGGACCACCAACCGCUGCUGGGCCAGGAUAUGCUCCACCUCACAGCUCCCAGCCUCCUGUCAGCACUGGGUACUCGGCCGCACCCCAGGCCUCCUACACCCAAGCCCCACCCCCUGUGUCCUCUGCUCCCACCCAGCCGCCACCUCCCAGCGGCCCCGCAGCUCCUCAGCAAUAUUAUAGCGGCCCACCGCCUUCUUCUCAACAGCCAUUCAAUUCCUCUCUUCCCCCUACCUCUCAGCAGCAGCAGCAGUUCACCUCUUCUGUACCUCCACAUCCUCCUCCUCAGCAAACCUUACCUCCAUCCUCCUACUCGGGUCCGGUGCCUACACAAAGUCAACCUCCUGUUCCCCCAGUGUCCCAGGCACAGCAGUCCUUCCCUACACCCCAGCCCCCUUUCUCUUCAGCACCUCCACCUGUCAGUCAAUCUUCCUUUGCCACUGGCCCUCCGCCUUCUGCCCCAGGCUCGUUUCCACCUCAAGGCCCCCCUCCUAGCUCUCAGCCUGGUUCUUUUCCUCCUCCUGGCCCCCCUCUAACCUCAGCCCCCUCUUGCCAGUACCCAGGUCCCAUGCCACCCCAGCAGCAACCCCCUCCAUCUCAGCCAUCCCCCUAUCACUCAGGGCACCAUCCUCCUAGACCUCAAAUGCCUCCCACUUCCAUGGCUCAGAGCAAUCACCUGCCUCCAGGACCCCAGGGCCCGGCAGGUCCUCCUGGGCCACUACAGCAGCCUCCAUCUCAACCUGGGAUGCAGACAGGAUACCCUCCUCAGCAGAAUGGUGCUUUUGGGCAGGUGAGAGGCCCUCAGCCUGGGUAUUCAGGCCCUUACCCUGGGCAACCAAACUAUGGAGCACCAGCUCCUGCUCCACCUGCACAGAAAAGACUUGACCCAGAUGCCAUUCCUAGCCCGCAAGCGUCUGACAUGCCGGCUGUGCAGAAACCGAGACAUAGAAUAGAUCCAGACGCUAUCCCAAGCCCAAUCCAGGUAAUAGAGGAUGACAAGGCUAAAACUACCGAGCCAUUCACCACAGGGGUCAGGGGUCAAGCCCCACCACUGGUCACCACCAACUUCCAGGUUCAAGACCAAGGGAAUGCCAGUCCCAGGUUUAUUCGUUGUACAGCCUACAACAUGCCUUGCACAGCUGAUAUGGCAAAGCAGUCUCAGGUGCCAUUGGCUGCUGUCAUCAAGCCCCUCGCCACGCUGCCACCUGAUGAGGCCCCUCCACUCGUGGUGGACCACGGCGAGAGCGGUCCGAUCCGCUGCAACCGUUGCAAGGCCUACAUGUGUCCAUACAUGCAGUUCAUAGAGGGAGGUCGCCGCUUCCAGUGUGGUUUCUGCAGCUGUGUCACAGAGGUGCCUCCACAUUACUUCCAGCAUCUGGACCACACUGGUAAGAGGGUGGACUGCUACGACCGGCCAGAGCUUUCACUGGGCAGUUAUGAAUUCCUUGCAACUGUUGACUACUGUAAGAAUAACAAGCUCCCUCCGCCUCCAGCCUUCAUCUUCCUUAUUGAUGUGUCCUACAAUGCUGUGAAGAGCGGCAUGGUCAACAUUGUCUGCCAGGAACUCAAGACCCUACUAGACUGCCUCCCCAGGGAGAAUCCCGAAGUGGAAUCUGCAGUGCGAGUGGGUUUUGUCACCUACAACAAGGUUUUGCACUUCUACAACGUCAAGUCGAGCUUGGCCCAGCCCCAGAUGAUGGUGGUGUCAGACGUGUCAGACAUGUUUGUACCCCUGCUUGACGGGUUCCUGGUGAAUGUAAAUGAAAGCAGACAAGUUAUCGAGAGUUUGCUGGACCAGAUCCCAGAGAUGUUUGCAGAUACCAGGGAGACGGAGACGGUGUUUGGACCCGUCAUCCAAGCGGGACUGGAGGCACUAAAGGCUGCUGACUGUGCUGGGAAGCUGUUUGUGUUUCACACCUCUUUGCCCAUCGCGGAAGCCCCAGGAAAACUAAAAAACAGAGAAGACAAAAAACUGAUUGGAACAGACAAGGAGAAGUCGCUAUUUCAGCCUCAGGUGGGUUUCUACAGCUCUCUGGCUAAGGAGUGUGUAGCCCAGGGCUGUUGUGUGGAUCUUUUCCUCUUCCCCAACCAGUAUGUGGAUGUUGCCACAUUAGCUGUGGUUCCCGUCUCCACUGGAGGUUCAGUCUAUAAAUACACCUACUUCCAGGCCCAGUCGGAUCAGGAGCGAUUCUUAAACGACCUCAGACGAGACGUUCAGAAACUAGUUGGGUUUGAUGCUGUUAUGAGGGUGCGAACCAGCACAGGCAUCCGAGCAACGGACUUCUUCGGCUCCUUUUAUAUGAGUAACACCACAGAUGUGGAGCUGGCAGGUCUCGACUGUGACAAGGCCAUCACUGUUGAGUUCAAACACGAUGACAAGCUCAGCGAGGAGACGGGGGCACUCAUGCAGUGUGCCGUGCUGUACACCAGCUGCAGCGGCCAGAGACGUCUCCGCGUCCACAACAUGGCCGUGAACUGCUGCUCUCAGCUGGCUGACCUGUACCGCAACUGUGAGACAGACACAAUCAUCAACUACUUCUCCAAAUACGCUUUCCGUGGCAUUCUCAGCAACCCCACUAAGGCAGUGAGAGAAACUCUUGUGAACCAGUGUGCUCAGAUUCUGGCGUGCUACAGGAAGAACUGUGCAAGUCCCUCAUCUGCUGGUCAGUUGAUUCUCCCAGAGUGUAUGAAGUUGCUCCCAGUAUAUCUGAACUGCGUGCUGAAGAGUGAUGUGCUGCUACCUGGAGCCGACGUUUCAUUGGAUGACCGAGCUUACCUUAGACAGCUGAUCAGCUGCAUGGAUGUUGCAGAGAGUCACGUCUUCUUCUACCCCCGCCUGCUGCCAGUGAUGAAAUUGGAAAGCGGUUCGUUGCCAGUGGCAGUGAGGGACUCUGAGGAGAGGUUGUCAAAAGGAGGAGUUUACCUGCUGGAGACCGGGCUCCACCUUUUCCUGUGGGUGGGAGCCAGCGUUCAGCAGGAGCUGCUGCUUAACAUCUUUGGCACGCCGAGCUUCAGCCAGAUCGACUCAAACGUGACAAGUCUGCCUGUUCUUGACAACCCCAUCUCUCAGGCUCUCAGAGAGCUUAUUUAUUCUUUCAGAGCACAGCGAUCACGAUACAUGAAGCUGAUGGUGGUGAAGCAGGAAGACAGGGCCGAGCUGAUAUUCAGACACUUCCUGGUCGAAGACAAGAGCGCCAGCGGGGGAGCGUCAUACGUAGACUUCCUGUGUCACAUGCACAAGGAGAUCCGCCAGCUUCUCAGCUAGGCCCCCCCCACCGCAAAUUCCCACCUUCACCUGUAUGAGCCCCCACCACUACCACCACCACCACCACACAGAUCCAUCCCAGUCACCUUUCCAUGUGAAAGAAAGCGCUUGAUCUUUUUUCCUUUCCUUUUUUUUUUUUAAACCUAAUAAACUAAAGCUCCCCUUACUGUCUGUCAGCUGAGCACCAGAGACCAGCUGGUAGAUCACAUGUGUGCGUGACAGUGCGAGUGUGUAUCUGUGUGUGAGUGAGAGAGAGAGACAUAGGGGGGAUCUGAUGUUAAUAAAGCUUUACUCUGCCUCAAAUCUGCUGCUCCACAGCAGCAGGAGCGAAAUAACUUAUGAGGGAGAGUAAUGUACAUACAAAAAUGAACAAUUACGUAUGCAACAGACUGACGGAGAAGGCGGAUGCCGGCUGUAGUUGGUGUAAUGUCUGUAUUAAAAGCACUGAAAGGCUGUUUGGGUGCAUGAAUGACUCUUGGAUAGAAAACACUUUUUAUAUGACUAAAUCCCAUUACAGUAAAGGACAUAGGGAAUUGAAUAAAUGCUGUUCUUUCUGUCUCUCAUCCACUAUAAUCAUGGCCUUAGUACCCCCUUCCUCCCCUUCUGUUCCCAUGCUGCUCCAAUCAUCCGUAAUGUGUGAGUGUGUGUUUCCAGAUGUGAGAGGAUUAGUGACCCAUUGCCCAGUUUUGUUUUUUAAAUCUCCUGCUGUGUCUCCAGGUGCGAGCAUCUGACUUUAAGCCCUAGAUUAACAACUCAAACUGGAGUCUGAUGUGAUCUUACCAACAGUAAGCACUGAAAAUAAAGGUGCAUGUAAUUUCUGUGACUGCUGAAUCGCUACAGUAAUCGGCAAUUCAGAUUGGUUUCAAUCAGCGUCAGUUGAGUUUCGCUCACCGGGGCGAGCAUCUGUCUCUCGAGACUGUCAUGAGAGGAAGCUCUCAUUAUUUCCAGGUCUAUGCAGCACUGAGAAAAGCCAGAGACAAACUGAAGGGGAAAUGAAUGAGGCGUGUGAAUCUAUUAUUUUAAGCGUCACAGUGAGGGGAAACGUGCUCCCGAUCGCUUUGUUUGUUGGGCGAUUGUUGAAGGCGAGUAGUGCUGCAGACUUUAUAUUAACAGAAGGCGUUGAUGUCCGGGUCUGUCUGAAAGCAGGCAGGGAUGAGCACAGAGCGGCAGCAGACGUGUGAACACCAGUGAAUGUUUGCAAAGUUUUGGGUUGCCUCCACACUGAGAAGUUGACAAGCUGUUCAGUGUGUAAAUAAAAUAUAUAAUCUGUACAGAAUUAAUAGAAAAAUAACGAUUUUAAAGGCCUGCCUGAAUGGCUGUGGUUUGUUGAUGGUUGAUUUGUGUCACAAAUAGCCUAAAUAUAAAAUCAUGGCUUUUACUGAGGAGAGGAAGACGUGGCUUUUCUCUUUUUUUUUUUCUUUUUUUUUUUUUCCUUUUUCUUUUCUCGAUAUGUCUGCGUGAAUGUGAGGUGUGCGAUUGUGUGAAUGUGGGGUCGGUCCUGGUGAAUUUCUCCUGAGGAACAGAGGGAUCAGCCAACACACACACACACACACACACCACCCGUGAGGUUAAACUCGGUCUUCAUUUAUCACUUUGUUCCUUUUAUAACGACGUGACUUUGUGCUCUGUGUGUGUGUGCAGCCCUCUGUUCCGUCUUUAUGUUCACUGACUUCGAUUGACCCGCCGUCUUGACUGUAAUCAUAAUUUCUGUUCCUUUUAUUCUUUUUUUUCAUUGCCUCUUGGGACUGCUAAUAAAAUGAUUGUUUAAAGUGAAA